AUGGUGGAAGCGAUUCUUGGCGCUAUACACCUGGAAGGUGGAGAUGCCGCUCUGGAACGUGCCAUGAAGAAGCUGGGCUUGCUUGAGCAUCCAUAUCUCCCCGAAGACGGCCAGGCCGCUGCUCCCCAGUAUGAAGUGGCAUCUAUUUUCCAACGCGCCAAACACGAAGUCAAGGUACUUCUUGGCACCGACGAACCCGAAGUUCUAGACAACUACGUGCAGGAACGGAAACACAAAUCACACGAGAAGGAGGCCGCGCAGAAUGCACCGUUCAGGGGAGAUUCUGGUCCCUCUGAUCGCCUUUCAUGA